CUUAUUUUUAAAAAUGGCCUAAUGCAGGCCAUUAAGGGGACCAAAGCUAAUAAAUUAUUCAGCAUUCUAGUGUUUAAAAGGAGAUGAUGAUUCACCACAUAGGCUAAGACCAAGGAAUAGGAAAUAAAAGAGAAGAAAAGAUCAAAGUCCUUAGAAUCCAAGAAUGACAGGCCUUGGUUCUCCUUGCGGUGCAUGCAAAUUCUUGAGGAGGAAGUGUGUGAGAGGAUGUGUUUUUGCUCCCUACUUCUGCCAUGAACAAGGUGCCACUCAUUUUGCAGCUAUUCACAAGGUCUUUGGAGCUAGCAAUGCCUCAAAGCUCCUCAUGCACCUCCCAGUAUCUGACAGGUCAGAGGCCGCACUUACCAUCUCCUAUGAGGCUCAAGCUAGGCUUCAAGAUCCUAUCUAUGGCUGUGUUGCUCACAUCUUUGCGCUGCAACAACAAGUAGUAACACUGGAAGCACAAUUAGCUUCCUUGAAGGCUCAAACUGCUCAAGGUUUAGCUUGUGGAUACUCCAUGACUUCCAUACUAGAGGAUGAGAAAUUGAAUCAGAAGCAACCACCUUACCAACUGGGACAUGGAUUCAAUCUGAAUGGAGAAGGGAGGAUAACCCAGCCUUUAAUUUCAGGCACUUUUUCAAAUCAAGAAGCGAUGCUGCACUUCGAGAAUGGAGUUAUCAGUCCAAAUUCCUUCCCAUCUACUCAAUACUAUGAUCAACUUUCAUAUAUGGACAGUGAUCACACCUCUUUCAUUGAUGAUAAUUCAUCAUGUGCCAUGGCCUCACUUGACAUAGAGCCCAAUGCAAGGAGAUCAUCCUAUCUCGAAAUGGAGGACCUCCAGUCAGUAGCAUUUGGCCAUCUUAAUUGUGCAUGAGAGACCAACUCAUGGAACAUCACCUUCAGUUUUGAUUGAUAGAAUGAGGUGUGCCACAAGCUCCUGGAACUUGGAAGAGGCUUUUCCGGGUACUGAUGCUAUGCAAUACUUGACAGGGUUUGUGAAUGUACUAUAGCUAGACAGAAAUAAGACAGUUUAUUCAAACUUACUUCCUUCAUAAUGGAGAAUGGUAGUGCUAGGAUUGACAAAUUAGGAUAACAUUGGGAUUGGACAUCUUACCUAGGAAUCAUGAUGAGCCAGGUUUUUAAAUGGUUGGAAUUUGGGAAAAGUCCCUCAAGAUCAAGAUUAGCUAUUAAAGUAAUGCAUUCUAAUGAGUAUUUCCUUUA